AUGGCAUUCGUGGCGCAGUUUGCGGAGAUUGAAGACAAAUCCUGCCCCCUUCUGAGCUGCUGCUGCUGGGGCCUAUCCUGCACCUCCUGUGAUGACCCAUGCUGCCUCGACAAGCACAAGUGCUGCUGCUGCUCUGGUGGGUGUACAUCAGGUGAGGAUUGCGUUGGCCAGAAGGGAUGCAUGACGGGCUUUUCAAAGACCUGCUGCUGCGUUCAGUCGGGCUCUCUGAACAACAUGGCGGUGGGCUGCUGCGACAUCUUCGUCCUCGGCCGCCCCUACGGCGAGGGUCGCCUGGUGGAGGAUCCGGAAACCGCCUUCAUGCAGCAGGUGUGCUGGUGCUUCUACUGCCUUUGCAUAGGCUGGGGUUGCGGGCCGUCCAGCCCAUUCUGCUUCAACGACAGCAAGUGUCUGUGCAUCGAGGAGAAAGACACGACUGACGAGUGGUGGACGCACGAGGGUAUGUGUCACUCAAAUUCCAAGGCUGUUUGCCUCGUGACACGCUCCAACUUUCCGCCCAGCAGGAGGAUCGGCUGCGGGGCUUGCGGACGCUCAGCAGUUAUCGGCUUGUCGCUGUACCCGUAUGAAUGGUGGGCUUAA